UAUAUACAAUGUACUUACUUAGAGGCCAGAAUAAUGGAGGCCUGAUAAAUCAAAUAUUCAGGACAAUGUGAGACAUCUGUGAUUGUGUAGGUAUAUCUGAUCCAUUAUGGAAAAGGAGCAGAUAAUGGCAGUGGAUGCCAUGAUGAGGGAGAUAAUGAACAUUGGGUGGACCUCCAGCCAGAUCAUCAGACACCUCUCUCAGAGCGGUACCAUCACCCUGGAGGAGCGCAAAGAACUGUUGCUUUUAGACAAAAGACCACUGAGGACUAAGAAAAUUCUGACAAUUUUAAAGAAGAAAGUUGGAGGAUGGGUGGCUUUAAAGAAAGCAUUGAUGAUUGAAAAAGUUCACAAUAGACACUUGGUUGAAAAACUGGAAGCCAGAUACCAGAAAUUUCUACAAAAUCCCGUUUCAGAAAUUCAGAAACCAAAAGUGAAGGAGAAGCUCUCGCCAACUGAAGUCAUGCACAUUUUCAAUAAACUUAGCCUCUUAGUUUGGGGCAAGAAUUCAAAGGAAAUGAAUGAUGUGAACUUUGAAGAGUUUGAUAAGGUUUUGGAUGAACUUGAAAGUAACAGAGACUUGUUAUACAAUGAUGAUAGGCGGGAUGAAUUCCGAUCCCUGUUCACUCUGAUAAUGCAAGUUAAGGAGGAAAACCGCUUGUAUGCCAAAAACGAGAAAGUCAUGAAGGAUGAGGCAAAGAAAUUGAAACGGAAACUUAGAGAUGCUGAAGCCAAGAAUGAAGAACUAGAAAUAGAAAUAACUGACCUUCAUCUCAGUCGCGAAGAAGAGGUCAAUCGCAAAAUUGAGGAGGUCCGUCGAAGACUUCUAAGAAGUGGCUUAGAUGAUCCUGAUGAAGAUUUUUUCAAAAGUAACAUGGCAAAUCGGGCAAAUGAUGAUGAUGAUGAUGAUGAAGAAGAAGAUGAAGAAGAUGAUGCAGAACCAGAGGAUGAAUAUAGAAAAAGUGACAAUGAGGACAAAUUUGAUGAGAACUUUACCCCAGAAAUUACAGAGAGCAGCCAUCUACAUGCAAACAGACGUCUGUCCUUAGAAUCAACAUCUUCAACCAUUGUCAUCAACAAGCGACAAGUCAUGUCCUCACAAAAUAUCAUCCUAAUACAAAAACCCAGAAAUGUUAACAUAUUCUCUUAAUCUUGUACAUGUCAUCAGAAUUUACAGACAAAUAGCAAUCUAGGCUUUUUUAUUGUUUGCUUGAACCAUAUUUUGCUGACAUUCAGCAUUUCAUCCAUUCAUUCAUAUGAUGUACAUGUAUAAUCUUCCAUCACAAGAAAAUCAUUAUUUACUAAUGUCCACUUGGCAAGCAGAGUUUAGAAUGUUGUAAUAAGGGAAAACAUUUUCCAGUGGUACAGUGCUUGUAUGCAAUGCCUUUUUUAUCAUUUUAUUUUCAAAUGGUUUACUAAUACUAUUUGAAAAAUUUGUUAUAUACUGCAUGUUCAUGUUAAAUUUACAGUGUAUUAAUCAUUUUCAUUUGCAAUACUAAAUUACUUGUUUAAAUCCUUUAAUCAGUCCUAAAAAGCUACUAUAUAGCACAACUGCACAAACAUACAUUUAGAACAUUACUUCUUGUUGUAUAGUUUUGUUAAAUUACCAUAGAGGAUUGUUCACAGUAUGUUUCAUAAUUCAUAGGUUACAUCAAUUCAAUCGAAAGUAAGCAAAAACAUUAAAUCAAAUAGUUUUGUUUGGUUUUUACCAGAGACAUAAAUAACAUCAUGUUAUUUAUGUCUCUGGUUUUCACUCUACAUUUCAUUUCCUAUCUUCGAAGCAAUGUAACCAGAAAUUUCUUUCAGAUUGUUAUCAAAUAAAAAAUUGAUCU